AUGUCUUUCACUGCAAUUCUCCGCAAAUCGGCUUCCAUUGUAGCCCCACUAGCGAGUCGACUCGUUCGAGUUGGCCAGAGAGGUUACCACUUUGCCCUCUUCUCUUCCCUGAACCACCAAGUCAGUCUCCCUCACAAAAAUCCAUCUUCUGUUGCUCCAUUUCUGUUCCGUUUUUGUUCUGCGGCUAUUGUAACUCAGAGGCCCAGUUCGACUGAGUCGCUUGUUCGAGUUCUUGAAUCGGAAAUCAAGAUUGCCCAGGAAACAGAUGAUCAUGAUCUUGUAGAAGAGCUUCCAAAGGACUUCCCUUUCAAGAUUGAUGACAACGUUGGGCAACAAACUGUGAUACUGACAAGAGAAUAUGAAGAUGAACUCGUGAAAGUUGAAGUUCACAUGCCCGAUCUUGUUACUGGGGAGGAUAAUGAUGUUCGUGAUGACAAUGAUGAUAAGGAACAGUCAAUGCAAUCUACCAUCCCUUUAGUUGUCACAGUCUCUAAAAAGAGUGGAACUUGUCUAGAGUUUGACUGUGUUGCUUAUGCAGAUGAGAUAGCAAUUGACAGUAUGUCCAUUAAAGUUCCUGAAACUUCUGAAGAUCAAAUGGCCUAUGAUGGGCCUAACUUCCAUGAUUUGGAUGAAAAUCUGAAGAAAGGUUUCCACAAGUAUCUGGAGAUCAGAGGAAUAAAGGCCAGCACCACCAAUUUCUUGCACCAGUACAUGAUCAACAAAGACAGUCGAGAAUACGAGGGAUGGUUGAACAACCUUAAGCAGUUCAUCGAAGCAUAA